GUUUGAACGUGUCAGAGUACUAAAAUACUUAUAGUAGCUUCUUCUCUUUGUCUCUCUUCAAACUUCAUUGAAACCAUUGCUAACCCUUGGUAGUCUUAGAUUUGAAAAAGUGAAGCAAGUUGAAAAUUUAAAAAGAAAGAUUCAAUGAACAACAAUUGGCUUUCUUUCCCUCUUUCUCCUUCUCAUCCUUCCUUACCUUCUAAUGAUCUUCAAGCAACUCAAUAUCAUCACUUUCCUCUUGGUUUAGUCAAUGAACACAUCGAAAACCCUUUCCAAAAUCAUGAUUGGAAUCUGAUGAACACACAUAGCAGCAACGAAGUACCAAAGGUUGCAGAUUUUCUAGGUGUGCACAAGUCUGAAAAUCACUCAGAUCUUGUUGCACAAAACGAAAUUCAAUCAAAUGAUUCAGAUAGUUAUUUGUUUACAAAUAACAACAAUACUUUCAUGGCAAUGCAAAACCAAGUGGUAACAACAUGCACCAAUGAGUAUCAAGAAAAGGUUAGUAAUAGUAAUUUGCAAUCAUUGACAUUAUCAAUGGGAAGUGGUAAAGAUUCAACAUGUGAAACUAGUGGUGAUACUAGUGCAAACACUCUUGAAGUAGCUGCACCUAAAAGAACUUCAGAAACCUUUGGACAAAGAACUUCAAUAUAUCGUGGUGUAACAAAACAUAGAUGGACCGGAAGAUAUGAAGCUCACCUUUGGGAUAACAGUUGUAGAAGGGAAGGACAGUCAAGAAAAGGCCGCCAAGUCUAUUUAGGUGGAUAUGAUAAAGAAGAGAAAGCUGCUAAGUCCUAUGAUUUAGCUGCACUUAAGUAUUGGGGUACAUCCACCACUACUAACUUUCCAGUUAGCAACUAUGAGAAGGAAAUAGAUGAAAUGAAGCACAUGACAAGACAAGAAUUUGUAGCCUCUAUUAGAAGGAAUAGCAGUGGUUUCUCUAGGGGUGCAUCUAAGUACCGUGGAGUUACAAGGCAUCACCAACAUGGAAGAUGGCAAGCAAGGAUUGGCAGGGUUGCCGGAAACAAAGAUCUUUACUUGGGAACUUUCAGCACCGAAGAAGAGGCUGCAGAAGCAUACGACAUAGCAGCAAUUAAAUUCAGAGGACUCAACGCCGUCACAAACUUUGACAUGACUCGUUACGAUGUGAAAGCCAUUCUUGAAAGCAACACACUCCCAAUUGGAGGAGGUGCUGCAAAAAGACUAAAAGAAGCACAGGCUCUAGAAACUUCAAGAAAACGCGAAGAAAUGCUCGCACUCAACUCAUCGUCUUUCCAAUACGGAACAACAUCAAGCUCAAGCAAUAACAGGCUUCAACCUUACCCUCUCAUGCAUUAUCAUCAUCAAUUUGAACAACAACAACAAUUACCUCAACCAUUGUUAACUUUACAAAACAACCAUGAAAACAUAUCUCAUGAUCAAUUCUCUCAACAACAACAACAUCAUCAAGGUGGUGGUUAUUUUCAAACACAGCUUGAGUUACAGCAACAGAACAACCAAACAUCUCAGUAUUACAAUGGUUAUUUUCAGAAUCAUCCUGGUUUGUUUCAGUUGAAUAAUAUGGGAUCAUCUUCUUCUUCAUCUUCUGUGAUGGGAAAUAAUGUUGGUGGUGGAGGGUCUAGUGGGAUUUAUAGUAAUAGUGGAGGGUUAAUUGGUAAUAAUGGUGUUGAUGAGGAAUUUGUGCCGGUUAAGGUUGAUUAUGACAUGGCAGCUGUUGAUGGAGGUGGUUUUGGCGGCUGGUCGGCGGCAGGAGAGAACAUGCAGACGUCAGCUGCUACAGCUGAUUUGUUUACAAUGUGGAAUGACUAUGAGCCAAGAGAAAAUUAAUUAGAUUUAUGUUUAAUGCUUAAUUUAAUUUAAGUAGUAUGAAAACAAUUAACCAUACAAUUUUGCUUUUUUUUUUUAAUUUUUAUUUUAUGCAUCAUUGUUGUCGUUUUGUUGAAAACAAAGUUGGUUUUCAGUGCACCAUUGAC